ACUACGAGCCACCGCAUACCAUGGAUGUUAUGAAACUAGACAACGUUCAGCCUCUCCCGCUGGAGUUCAACGGGUAUGUCGAGGGCACGUUGGAUUUGCUCCUGGGCGGCAAGGGCCUCUCGCAGAUCAAGCUUCUCAAGCACCUNUACGAGCCACCGCAUACCAUGGAUAUUAUGAAACUAGACAACGUUCAGCCUCUCCCGCUGGAGUUCAACGGGUAUGUCGAGGGCACGUUGGAUUUGCUCCUGGGCAGCAAGGGCCUCUCGCAGAUCAAGCUUCUCAAGCACCUCCAGAACGUGUGCAUCGUGUACGCUUGCUUGGCGGUCAAGCGGAACGCCGGGAUCGUCUCCACGGAGGCUAAGUACAAGGCAGCGGCCAAGGGCUACAAGGACAUCGCUGUCCCAGGAUUCUUCAAGUGGCUCAAGGAAAACGGCAUAGUGAUCAAGCAGGCGUGGCUGACGUUCGAGGUCAUGGGCAGAACAAGUCUGAACGGAGGGUACUGGGCGAGUACCGA